AUGGUAUCACCGGUUCAUCAUGCCGCUCGUGGGGCCUCAGCCGCGCUAAUUACAGCCACCGUAUUGGUUAACUUGGUGAGCAACCGGAAGGCACUGGUGACGUUACUGCGACGCCAAACUUUGACUCAGUUGACACUGGUCAAACCUUCUCGCAACGCUGCAGCAUUUGCCAUUUUCAUCGGCGUCUUCCGGUAUCUACAGCGCUCUGCCUCUAAUAACGUCAGUACCGACAGCAUUAACACUACACCUCGCGUUCGGGGGGCCGUACUGGCCUCUGCAGUGGCUUCGGGACUGGGAACAGCGUGUCUGUCGCCCAAAGCUCGUCCGGCGCUUCUAUCGUUGCUUUCGACCCAUGCCGCGAGCCAACUCGUCCGCAAUCUGAUAGAGAAACGCCCCGAGUUGUCUAUAUUGAAGCCACUGGAGCUGCUUGCGUUCAUGACAGCGGUCGGAUGGAUCUACUUUUCGGGUUUCUUCCAUCCGGAGAGCUACCAGCGUUCGCACAUGCGUCUCAUUCUCAAGUAUGUGCUGUUGACGCAGUCCAUGGCUUCCGAGCUACAGGACCAGUACAAACUCGGACUUAAUCCGAAUCCCUGCUCCACGCGUCAUAAGGGACUGACCUGCGACCAGUUCGCACGCAGCGACUUCCUGCUGCGCGUGACGUCUGAAGCUUUCCGGUUAUAUUUCCCCGUGCACUUCUCAACGUGGUUAUUCGCCCAACGACAUGCCAAAGUACGCUCCAGCCCAAUGUCCACACGACUUCGACGCUUCGUCGCCAAAUUACUACGAUCAACUGCGUAUUUUACUACGUUCGUCUACGUGGGCUGGAUCCUGUCGUGUCACAUGGGGAAAUUCGGCGAUCGUUCGAUAACGCAUCGGAAACUGCAAUUUUUCUUGGGCGGCGCGUUGCCCUCGCUUGCCAUUUUCAUCGAGUCGCCAUCGCGUCGCCGGCCGAUCGGCCUCAUUCUUACGUCUUAUGUGCUGGUGAGUAUGGGGAACGUGGCAUUUCGUCGAAUUUCAUGGCUACAGCCGGGUGCGAGUCCCGUCCGUGGGGUGCUGGAAGCGGGUUGUGUGGCUGCUGCUGUGGCCGCGACUAUCUCGGCUUCACUGGAGAGCAACCACUUUAUUCGGCGUAUCCUUCUGGGCGAAAUCGAAGCUCGGUCCCUGCAGCAUCAGCUUAGAGAGGCAGAGCCAAAAGCAGAACUGGCAGAGACUUGA